AUGGCGAAACCUCCUCCUCAUGCCCCUUGUCCAGAUUGCAAUGGAGGAGAUCCUCCUUGUCAUCCUUGUUCAGAUUGCGGUGGAUGUAUUCACAAUCAAUUCUUGGAAUCUGAAUUAGAAAAAUGGUAUCAGAAUCGAGUUUUGGAAGAUGAACUACAUGCUCGUGACAUUACAAUAAAAGAUCUUAGGUUCACAACAGAAAUGCUUCGAGAAAUUGAGCGUAAAGACAGAGAAUUGGCUUAUCUGGUUACUGAACUUGCUAAGUACAUGCCUUGUGAAAUAGACAAGAAGGAGCUUGCUGAAAUAGCUAAAGGGCCGUUCACUAAGGAAUACACGAAGCAGGUUGAUGAAAUAGUUAAGAAGCAUUUUCCUGAAUUAGCAAGCAUCAUGAAAUCGUAG